AUGUGGAUGGCAAAAUAUUUUUCAUCUUUGAGCCUUGCAAAUUAUAUUAUAACUUAGUAAUAGGGCAAUCAUCUAAAUGCUUUAUAUUAACUAUCGUAUACUCCAAAUAUAAUAAAAAAUUUCAGUUAUGCUAUCAAAUUAUUAUUAUAUAUCAAAUUCUUUUUGUCUUUGAUAUUUCUCAGUGAGUUAAACAAGUAAAUUAGUACUAAUCAUUUAUCUAAUUUUGAUAGCCCCCAAUUGUUUAUUAUAUCUCUAAGUCUUGAGAUGUUUGGUGCAGCAUAUGAUCUAGUGCAAAAUGGAUUGAUAACACUAUUACUAGCGGAAGCCGAAGCCACAAAAAGUUGUAAUAUGGCUCUCUUUUAUCAACAUAAAAACUAUUUCUAAAAAGAUCGAAAACCACCAUUGUCUUGUUACUGUUAGGGUUGGAUAGGAUAAAUAUUGAUCCAUUUUUGUAAUCAGUUUUACUUUGGCUUUAUGUUAAAAUCUCAUUUUAAAUAGUACUAUUUACUAUUUAUUGCAUACCUUUUGUGCAAAAUGUUCCUAAGCCUACUUAACAGUAAGCUUGAAUACUUUUCGAACUUAAGCACAGGCUCAAUAUUCAGUAUUAAAUUUAGGAGUAACGAUUUCAAGCAAGUAAUGGGUAAAUAAAGAGAGAAUACCAAAUGA